CGACGAUUCCGGCGUCGAGGUCGCAACCCUGCUUUUCCAAUAUGGCGGUGCAGAACUGGCUGGAAGCGCUGAAAGCUGCGAAAAAAACAGCGUUGAUCCAGGAUGGUAUACGGAAAGUACAUUACUUAUUUUUGGAUGGAAAAGAAAUGGCUGAAGAGUAUGACGUGAAAACAGAUGAACUUAUUGUAAGAAAAUGGAGGUCGAAGACUUCUAUUGGUGCAGUUGGUCAAUGGCAAAUAGAGGUUGGGGAACCCUCCCCUCCUACACUGGAGGCCCUGGAGCCACAACUAAUAAAAGAAAGCAGUGGCAACCCUGUGGUAAUGAGGAAAGAUACAAAGACCUGUUUCCAAUGGAGAAUUCGAAACCUGCCCUACUCUAAAGAAGUCUAUAAUCUGUCUGUGGAGCCUACAGAACGCUGCUGCAUUGUGCGCACCUCCAAUAAAAAGUACUACAAGAAGCUCCAUAUUCCAGAUUUAGACAGAUGUCAGCUGCCUCUGGAUCCAUCAGCCCUCAGCUAUGCACACGCCAAUAAUACGCUAAUUGUCAGUUACCAGAAACCCAGAGAGAUUUUAAAUUUGGAACAUGAACUACAGAAAGAGCUGAAGAAGAUGAAAGGUUCCAGCGAUGGGGAUGUCGACUGUAAAACACAGUGAGCCAAUGCCAGUCCACAUGAGCAAGAGACUCCUUUGAAAUAUCCUCGGCUGAGGUCCUCAUUUUGCUUUUGUUGUCUUGAAAAUAGAGCAGUGGUUUUGUGCAUUGAUUCAUUGCAGCUUUUUUUUUUUAUAGUUGUAUCGGAAUAAUAAAUGCUUAUUUAUGGCAUUAGUACUGUAA